AUGCCGCUUUCCCUCGUUAAUAGCACCUUGGCGCAGCCGGUCUGCGCCCUGAUUCAGCGACAACCAUGUGAACAACAGCUUGUUGCUUCAGCUAGAUUCACACUCGCAGGUCCCGUUGCGCGCCGAGCGCUCGCGGUGCGCGCUUCUCCGUCAGCGCCAGGCCACGCGGCGCCGUCGGAACAUGCGCCAACGGAGCCUGUGCCCGAUGCUGUCCCAAGGGAGGAGCAAGCUGCCAAGGAGGCCCGCGUUCGUGCGGAGGUUUCGCGCAGGAUUCGGCAGCUCGGGCGGGAAGGAAAUGCGUCGGCCGCUGUGGAGCUUUUCACUCAAAUGCAGGCGGACGGCAUAGCCCCAGACGCCAUGGCAGCGACGGCUCUCAUCGACUGCUGCGUGCGCUGCGGUGAGCUGGCACGUGCUGAGCGCACCUUCUUCAACCUCUUCAGCAAAGCCCCAGCCAGUACCACCAGCAGUCCCUCCAGCAGCAGCAGCGACAGCGACGUUGGAAGAACAGCUAAUCUGGUGCCGGACGCGGUGGCAGUGGGCGUGCUGCUGCGAGCAUACGGGCGCAAGAGCCCACCGCAGUGGGCCAAGAUUCAGCAGCUGCUGACGCGCAUGGAGCUCGACUUUGGCAUGCAGCCGUCCACUGCGAUUUUCAAUGAGCUUAUGGAUAUCUGUGCGAGGGACAAUGCGGUGGACCGCGGUGUGCAGCUGUUGGAUCGGAUGGCCGAGGCAGGCGUUGAGCCAGAUGCGUUCACGUUUGAGGCUGUGAAGCGCAGGCGAACGCUGCGGUCGCAUUUCAAAAAGCUUUUCUAUUAA